AUGGUAGUGAAAAGAGAAUUCGAUGACCAGUAUGAUGACAAGUAUAAUGACCAGUAUGGUGACCAGUACGAUGACCAGUAUGAUGACCAGUAUGAUGACCAGUACGACGGCCAGUAUGGUGACAAGUAUAAUGACCAGUAUAAUGACCAGUACGAUGACCACAUUCUACACCACACCACUUUACUCAACACCGCUCUACACUACACCGCUCUACACUGCAAAAAACUACACCACAUCACUCUAUACCUCAAUACUCAACACAACACUUCUCUUUACCACACCACUCUACUCGACACCACUCUACACUACACCACUCUACACCCUCCACUCUUCACAACACCUCUCUACACCACAUCACUCUUCAAAACACCACUCUACACCCCCACUCUUCACAACACCACUCUACACAACACCAUUAUAAACCACACCACUCUACACUACAUCACUCUACACUACAUCACUAUACACCACAAAACUUUUCACAAUACCACGCUACACAACACCACUCUACACUACACCAGUCUACAACACACCACUCUACACUUCACCUUUCCACACUACACCACUCUAUAUCACACUACUCUACACAACACUACUCGACACCACACCAGUCUACACAACACCACUCUACACUGUGCCACUAAACCCCAUACCACUCUACACCACUCCACUCUACAUAACACCACUCUACACCGCACCAUUCUAGGCAACACUACUCUACACAACACCUCCUGA